UAAUGACUCCAGAAUCCAUUUCCUGUGCGUAUUACGUAGAAAGCGGAAGUAAACAAAGAGCACAUCGCGGUUCGGCGCUGUACAUGACAUGCGUGAGAUUAUGUGUUUAUUGUCAUCGUUAAAUGUCCUGUAGUUUUGUUUGACAUAAUAUAGAUUAUUACAUUGUCAUUCUCUAAUUUGUGGAUUCUGACUUGUUUGCUAUACUCGACAAAUACAUAAUUUGUUAAUUCUUUAGCUUGCUGAAUAUGUAACUUUAGCAUGGCUAGCAGAGCAGCAGUACUUUCUUAAAUCUGUUUGAGUGUCUUAGAUCUUUCUGGACAAACAUAGACAUUAACAUUUGGAGGACAACAGUAGAGUUUCGAUCUCGAACCCAUAUAAACUAGCAAAACCGUUUUAAAGCGACCGUAAAUAUUCGUUUAAGUAAUAGAAAUGAACGGGCAAGCUGAAGUAGAGGUGGAUUACAAGAGAAAAUACAAAAAUCUAAAACGCAAAUUAAAGUUUCUGGUAUAUGAGCAAGAGUGUUUUCAGGAGGAGCUGAGAAGAGCUCAGAGGAAACUGUUAAAAGUUUCUAGAGACAAAAGUUUUCUGUUGGACAGACUGUUGCAGUAUGAAAGGGUGGAUGAAGAGUCUUCCGACUCUGAUGCAACAGUUUCCUCAGACAGUGAUGGAGAAGGAGCCAGAGAGAGAGACAGGGAAGCAGGGAAGAAAAGGAGGAGUCCUGGAGUUCCUCCCGUCCCGUCGUCCUCAUCUCCUCAUCUCUCACUCCUGUCCCGCUCUGGUGCAGUUCCUCUCCAGUCAUCUGCUCCGGCACAGUAUCUCAACACUUUACCCUUCCCUCCUGAGUAUUUGGCUCCCUCUGCUGAGCGAGUGAAGAAAGAGAGAAAAACAAAACUGGCCAAACACAGGAAAGACGGUUCAGGGAAGGUGGUUGGCCCACUCACAUCCAGUUACCCUGCAGGCAGUGGUGCAGCUGGGGGUGCGAGUGGGCCGUUCAGCUGGGUACCACAGCAGAUGCUGAGUGAGGAUGCAGCUGAGGAGGAGGGAGAGAGUGAAGGAGAGAGUGACCGUGGAGAGGAGGAGAGAGGAGAGGGUGAUGAGGCAGAGCUGGUUAUUGACAUACCCAAUGAGUGAAGAUGCCAAAAGAAACUGCAAGCAAAACAUUUUUCAAAAUCAUUCUCAUUUAAUGUAUUUUUAAUGUCCUCUGUUAUUUUUUUUAAUUAAAUAUUUAAAAUGUUCCCUUGUGUUUCUGUCUGUA